CUGACGAGCGCGCGUCGUUACGCUCAGCGCUCGUUUUCGCUCAGUACGCCCUGGGUUCCCGUGGAUGCCGAGUGUCUGGAACACUAUGGUCUUUCUUAUAUUUUCAUUUCAUUACAUGUGAGGACGUUCGAUCCUCGGCCAUAUGCAGGCGCUAUCUAAGAUUCUUGGAUACGAAGGCCUGUAUAUCUUCGAUAGGAAAAGAUCAAGAGGAAGGUACCUCGAAUGGUCUUUGGCGAGCUUGCGAGCACCCCGUAUUUUAUGCAAGACCGAGCAUUUUCAGAUUUUAAAUAAAUCUAGCAUGGCGGAAAAAAUUGCGCGAGCAUGCGAGCAUUAGCCGAAAACUGCGAGCACAUCGAAAUUUCGGGGGACCAUUCGGGGGCCCUAGAGGGGGAGGGCUAUGUACGUCUGCAAAACCCGUUUCCAAUUCCGCCUCUCAUAGAUAGAUGGCUAGGUAGCAAAGCCUCCUGCCUAGAGAAAUCGCAUUUCCGAUUGAUAUAUUAUCUUUCGUCUUUUGUCGUCGUCGGACGAAGCUUUUUCGCCUAAGGAUGGAUUUACAGCAGCUAAGAACCCCUGCCUUUCUAGUUGAUAUCACACAACUCAAGAAAAACUGUGCUGCAAUGAUCGACCGCUGUAGGAUGUUGGGAAUCACCUUACGUCCACACAUGAAAACACACAAGACUUUAGAGGCAGCAAGAUACAUGACAGAUGGUGGCAAUAUGGGCAUAGUUGUUUCCACUCUUUCAGAAGCAGAAUUCUAUGCAGCAGGUGGCUAUCACGAUAUAACUUAUGGUUAUCUUAUCACGACAGACAAACUUCCACAAGCCUCAGAACUCACUAGAAAGCUUAAACACUUCUAUGUGUUUGUGGACAGUUACCCAACUCUUAAAGCUCUUGGCAGCUACAAACUGGCUGAUGGGAAAAAGUGGGAAGUGCUACUUGCUGUUGAUGCCAGAAGUAACAGAGAGGGCAUUAUGUAUGAUGACCGAGAGCUGAUUUCACUAGCCAAAGCCAUUGCAAAUGAGGCAAAUGUGACAUUUUGUGGACUCUACACACAUUGUGGGAAUUCAUAUUAUGUACAGGGAGAACAGGCCAUAAAACACAGUGGUCAGAUUACAUUAGACAGGAUGAUAAAUGUCAGAAACAGGUUAAGUGCAGAAGGGAUACAAUGUAAAAUAACUGGUAUUGGCUCUACACCAAAUUGCUCAGUACCAAUAUCAGAUUACCAAGGCUUGACAGAGUUCCAUCCUGGAAAUUACGUAUUCUAUGAUUACCAACAAAUGUGCAUUGGCUCAUGCAAGUUGAGCGAUAUUUGUGUGCGAGUUCUGACACGAGUGAUCGGUCACUAUCCCUUAAAAGGUCACUUCCUGAUAGACUGUGGGUUUACUGGCAUUAGUCAUGAUGGUAUGCGACGGCUGCCACAGAAUGACUUUUGUCUAGUUGAUGGCCAUCCAGAGCUCAAGUUGGUUGCCAUGACUCAGGAGAUUGCCACUGUUCGGUCAAGCAAUGAGAGUGAAGCUCUUGACUUUGAGAAAUAUCCAAUUGGCUCAUUUUUGGAAAUAAUUCCUUAUCACGCAUGUGCGACUGCUUAUAUGCACCACAAAUACUUCAUCCGAGAGAAUGGGAAGAUUGUGGACGAGUGGAUACCUCACCACCAAGGCUGGUAGAGUAAAA